AUGGUGUGGAAAGGUCUGGCUCUUUAUACCAAUAGCGAAAGUCCUAUCGUAGUUGUAUUGAGCGGGAGUAUGGAGCCGGCCUUCUAUCGAGGAGACCUGUUAUUCUUGGGAAUGCCAGAGGAGCCGAUACAAAUCGGGGACAUAUGCGUCUUCAAGAUUACGGAUAGGGAGGUUCCAAUCGUUCAUCGAAAGAAUCACAUGGGAAAAACAUUCACCAGGGUUUCAGUAAAUCCAAGGAUAAAACGGAACGAAUUAUCAAAACUCGCAAACAAUGUGACAUUAAUUGAAAAAAGAAAGACCAGAGAUCGAUCUCUAGAAUACUUUAUUUUUGACAAUUACACGCGUGCGGAGAGCAGAAAUCAAGACUUUUUUUCACAGAUCAAUUCUUAG